AUGCGCAAAGAUGUUUAUGAUAAAGUGAAAUUAGAUAAGCUACGGGGAAAUAGUAUCUAUUUAACCGAUUUUGGAAAAAACGAAGUGCAUUCAUUAGGUUGCAUAAUUACAAUCGUAGAAGGAGAUGCUGAUGAAUAUCCGUGUAUAGUGCACAUUGUACCAAAUGAAGCUACAAACUCAAGCGUUAUAAUUGGUAGCGAUUUCCUAGCGACGACGGAAAUGACCGUCAAUAACGACAGAAUAACUAUACGAAGAGCAACACCUGCUCAAUUGUUAACACAAACCAACGUGAUCGAAAAGCAACCGUUAGACAUUGGUAACGUGACGGAUACGAAAGUACGUGAAGAAGUAGAGACAAUUGUUGAAACGUAUCAAACGGUUCUAACUCAGAAUCCAGUACUGAAAAUAUAUCAUUCGCGAUACGAAACGGAAGUACAUAUGGACGCAAGUAUAAACGGUUAUGGACUUCUGCAGCGUUCAGACGAAGACAACUUAUUACACCCAGUAUAUUUUAUGAGCAAAAAGACUAAAAAAGAGGAAAGGAAUUACACGAGUUACGAAUUGAAGGCACUUACGAUAGUAGAGGCACUUAGAAAAUUCCGAGUGUAUCUGUUAGGAAUUCAGUUUAAAAUAAUUACUGAUUGUGUUUUUCAACGAACCAUGAGCAAAAAGGAAUUAAGUACGAGUAUUGCUAAAUGGGCUUUAGAGGAUUAUGUUUAUGUCAUAGAGCACAGAACCUGUAUGAAACACGUCGAUGCUUUGAAUCGGCAUCCGGUUAUGACAAUAGCGAAAAGUCCAAUUAUACCACAAAUUAGGAGUCAGCAAGCAAGCGAUGAAGAGAUUCAAGCGAUAAUAGAAAUUGCCAAAGACAAACCGAAUAAAGUAGAACGACACAUUGCCAAUUGUGUGCAGUGUAUAUUGACGAAUCACAAAGAGGAUAGGCAGGAAGGAUAUUUACAUCCCAUUCCCAAAUCUGAUGUGCCAUUACACACAUAUCACAUCGAUCAUUUAGGGCCGUUAGAUACCACUAAUAAAAGCUACAAUCAUAUUCUCACUAUUAUUGACAAUUUUACUAAAUUUGUACGAUUGUAUCCGACUAAAUCUACCACAGCUCGCGAGGUUACAAGUCGGUUAGAUGUUCAAAAACAAAUAUUCGGAAAUCCGAAACAAAUCGUGACGGAUAGAGACACAGCUUUUACCUCCCAAGAGUUCAAGGAGUAUUGUCAGAGGGAAGGAAUUGAACACGUGACAGUUACCACGGGAUUGCCAAGGGCAAACGGACAAGUGGAACGUUUGAAUAGAGCAAUCAUAUUGAUACUCUGCAAGUUAUCAAUCGAAGAGCCUGCUAAGUGGUACAAACAUGUAGAUAAAUUGCAACGUAUAUUAAACUCCACGUUCAAUCGUAACGUAAAUGAGACGCCUUUCGAUUUACUAUUUGGCAUAAAAAUGCGCGACGAAACCGAUCUGAAACUACACGAAGUAAUAGAACAAGAAUUUCGAUCGAAAUUUGAGGAAGAACGUAACGAAAUUAGAGCUAGAGCGAAAGAACAAAUUCUAAAAGUGCAAUCGGAGAAUCGUAAGACAUAUAAUUUCAGACAUAAGAAGGCUACAGAAUGUAGUCCACCAGGUGGGAGACCUAGUAGCAAUCAAACGAAUACAAUUAGAACCAAGCCGAAAAUUAGGAGCAAAAUAUUUAGGAUCAUAUCGAAUUGA